AUGACUGAAAGUAUCUUAACAAACCAUGUUGAUAAUGCUUUACUCACACCGGAUUCACAAGAAAUACAUAACAGUUGGAUUGCUACACCGCCUCUCAUUGCACCAUCAACAUCACAAACAACCACUUCACUUAAUCCAAUUGAUAAUCUAUUGAUUGAACAUCCGAGCAUGUCUGUGUACGAUCAAAUCACUCGACCUCGUCGACGAAGAAAAAUAGAAAAUAAGAAUCCUAUUAAAGAAAAUGAUCUGAAUGAUCAACAAGAACAAUGCGAAAAAUCAGACAUAACAACAUCUUUUAUACAGCUAUCUCGGAGUUCAACAACUGAUCAUCGUUCCCUCUCAAAAUCAUCAUCCACAUCUAACAACGAUAUUUCUAGUCAUUUAUCAAAAUUAAACGCAUCUGAAACAUCCGCCUCCAUUUCAUCAUCAUUAUGUCACUAUCAUCGUCGUCGAACUCAUGUUCGUAGCCUUAAACCAUCACCAAAUACAAAAAAUAAACCAAGCGUCGAACAACAGUUUGUUCAACGUCAACGAAAAAAUAUUUCAACUCUACAUCAUACAAGUGGAAUAAAUCAUAGUACAUACGUGUUCAUUUACAAUAUGGAGGAAAAACAACAAGAAGAAAUUGAAACUUCAACACAACAACAUUUCUUUUCUCAAAAUAUGAAACUGGCGGAGAAUGAACCUACGACAACAGCAACCACGAAAACAUUACCAUCUACCAUUUCUCUUCCAAAGGCUUUAUCAUUUUUGCCAUUAUCAUCACAUGCCACAUAUCGAUUUAUUAUAUUAUGUAUAUGUGUAUUUGUGUAUUAUCUUGCUUACGGAUAUAUGCAGGAGUUACUUUUUACUUUAAAUGGUUUCAGAGGGACAGCUUGGUUUUUGACAUGUUAUCAAUUUUUUGUUUACAGUGUUUUAUCUGUUAUUCAACUAGGACUAUCCGGUGUAAGCAACAGAAGAGCCACUUAUAAAUCUUACUUCAUAUUAGCUUUGUUAACAGUUGGUACAAUGGGUUUAUCUAAUUAUUCUGUUGCUUAUCUCAAUUAUCCUACACAAGUAAUGUUCAAAUGUUGUAAACUAAUUCCCGUUUUACUCGGCGGUAUUAUUAUUCAAGGAAAAACAUUCAAUCGAUAUGAUGUACUAGCUGCUAUAUGUAUGAGCGUUGGAUUGAUAUUUUUUACACUGGCUGAUUCAAAAGUUCGACCAAAUUUCAACUAUUAUGGUGUAUUUCUGAUUUGUGGUGCUUUAUGUGCUGAUGCUGCUAUAGGAAAUUAUCAAGAAAAAAUCAUGAAACAAUUUCAUAUUCCAAAUGUUGAAAUGGUUUUUUUCUCAUUUGUGUUUGGAUUUGUAUUUAUUUUUAUUGGUUUGAUUGUGACAAAUAAUUUUUAUUCAUCAGUGAUGUUUUGGAAUCAAUAUCCAGUUAAAACAUAUGGAUAUGGUUUGAUAUUUUCUGUAUUUGGUUAUCUUGGUAUAGACAUUGUAUUAACACUAGUGAGAGAUUAUGGUGCAUUAAUUGCUGUUACAGUGACAACUUGUCGAAAAGCAAUUACAAUUGCUCUAUCAUUUAUACUCUUUUCUAAACCAUUUAUUUUCGAUUAUAUUUGGUCCGGACUCAUCGUUAUUGUUGGUAUCUAUUUAAAUGUAUAUAGUCGUAAUCAAGCGGUUUUCAACGCAAAAUUAUGGAAUUUUUAUAACUAUUUCUUAAAUCUAAUUCACUUAAAACUACUUAUUCUCUUUAAGGAACUUAUUUUACAACUUCGAUCAUUAAAAGCAUAUCCAAAUUAUUUUACAUUAGUACAAUUUAUUUAUUAUACGUUACUUGCCACCAUCGAAAGAAAAUUAUUUGAAAAAUCAAAACGAAGAAAAUGUCCUAUUCGCACCUAUGGAAUGAUUGCAUUAUUUACUAUUGGAACAUUGGGUUUUAGUAAUGCAGCUAUAAUGCAUUUAAACUAUCCAACUCAUUUAAUGUUCAAAUGUUGUAAAUUAAUUCCUGUGAUGAUAGGCAGCAUUCUAAUUUUAGGUAAACGAUACAAUGGAUAUGAUAUUUUGGCUGUUUUAUCUAUGACAGUGGGUUUAGUCUUUUUCACAUUGGCCGAUAGUCAAUUACAACCAGAAUUUGAUAAACUAGGUGUAGUGUUGGUUUGUUGUGCUUUGGUUGCUGAUGCAGUUAUUGGAAAUGUGCAAGAAAAAGCAUUAAUUUAUUAUUCGUAUUUAAUCGGUGCCAUUUAUUUAAUUAUACUUGAACUAUUACUUGGUUCAUUAACUGAGGCAUUCCUCUUAUGGUGGGCUUAUCCAAUACAAUCUUACUUUUACACAUUUAUAUUUUCAAUAUCCGGAUAUUUGGGUGUGAGUUGUGUCCUGACAUUAGUGCGAACAUUUGGUGCUUUGAUAGCUGUUACGGGUACAGAAUGA